GUUGGUGAGUUUUAGCACAAAUUGACUUUUGUAAAGCCACAUAUAUACAGACGUAUGGUUAACUGACGUCUCAUCGCAUUGCACAUACUGCACAAUAGUUUAAUUCAAUGAAUUGGAUAAAUGAUACCAACACGUAAACGAAUUUUUCUAAUUAUAUUUUUAAUUAUCGUACUGGGACUUUUGCUGCGUAUUAUAUUCUUGUAUAAUCCAUUACUGGAGUUGACGGAUGUAUCAAGUUUUCGUAAGACUGCUGGAGCACCCGUGCUCGUAAUGGUAUUUUAUGAGGCACUUUGUCCAGACUCCAAGUACUUCAUUACGAAGCAACUUUUGCCCGCAUUUAAAGCCGCUGCACCGAUUAUGGAGGUGCAGCUGGUUCCCUACGGCAAGGCAACCACCUCAACAGACAGUGAGGGUAAAUACACAUUCGACUGUCAGCACGGAAUUACUGAAUGCCAAGCGAACACUUAUCAUGCAUGUGUAGCAGAAGUUAUAAAUGAUGCUCUAAUUCGCUUGGAAGUUGUGACCUGUAUGAUAGGUGAUAAUCGACAUCCCAAAGAUGCUAUGCUAAUGUGUACCAAGCAAUACAACGUGGACAAUAUUGAUCUAAUCCAGAAGUGUUAUGAUAGCAGUCAUGGCUCCGAGUUGAUGAAACUCAAUGGUGAUGCGACACACGCUCUCCGACCGCCAGUUACAUUCAUUCCAACCAUUACAUUAGAUGGCUCACAAGGCAGGCAACCGUCUAUAUUAAAAGAUCUACUUUCCGAGGUGUGCAAGUUAGCUGGAGACACGGAGCAGGCUGAGAAAAUUUGCAAAAAACCUUAGCUCUAUUUUUAUUUCAAAAUAUAAAUGUUAAUUUUAAUAUUUUCUACUGACAGUUGUUAAAUAAAUAUUAGUUCAUUUUUA